AUGCCGAAGAUUCCUGGAGGUGACGUUGUUGAGAUGCAAGGAGACGAGAUGACUCGGAUCAUCUGGGAUUUGAUCAAGGAGAAGCUCAUCUUACCAUAUGUCGACCUCAACAUCCAUUUCUUCGACUUGGGUAUCGAGCACCGAGAUGCUACUGAUGAUCAAGUCACCAUCGAUGCGGCUAAUGCAACUCUGAAAUACAACGUGGCUGUCAAGUGUGCGACCAUCACUCCAGACGAGGAUCGAGUUGAAGAGUUCAAGCUGAAGAAAAUGUGGAAGUCGCCAAAUGGUACGAUCAGAAACAUUCUUGGUGGAACCGUGUUCAGGGAGCCAAUCAUUUGCAAGAACAUUCCUCGCCUUGUGACCACUUGGAACAAACCGAUUAUCAUUGGUCGUCAUGCGCACGCUGAUCAGUACAAGGCCACCGAUUUUGUGGUUCCCGGAGCCGGAAAGCUUGAAAUCCGUUUUGUUCCAACCAAUGGAGGCGAAGAACUUGUUCACGAGGUCUUCCAAUUCAAGGGACCUGGUGUUUCACUCUCGAUGUACAACACUGAUGAAUCAAUUGCCGAUUUUGCUCACGCUUCAUUCCAAUACGCACUUCAACGUAAAUAUCCUCUCUACCUCAGCACAAAGAACACCAUUUUAAAGAAAUAUGAUGGACGCUUCAAGGAUAUCUUUGCCGAAAUCUACAAGGAGUACGAGGCUCGCUACAAAGAUGCCGGAAUUUGGUACGAGCAUCGUCUCAUUGAUGAUAUGGUUGCUCAAGCCAUGAAGAGUGACGGAGGAUUCGUUUGGGCUUGCAAAAAUUACGAUGGAGAUGUUCAAUCCGACUCAGUGGCUCAAGGCUAUGGAUCUCUCGGUUUGAUGACUUCGGUGCUCGUCUGUCCCGAUGGAAAGACUGUUGAAGCUGAGGCUGCCCACGGAACGGUCACUCGCCAUUAUCGUCAACAUCAAAAGGGACAAGAAACCAGUACUAAUCCAAUUGCUUCAAUCUUUGCUUGGACUCGUGGUUUGGCUCAUCGUGCCAAGUUGGACAAUAAUGCGGCUCUUGGAGAGUUCGCAUUGAACUUGGAAGCUGUGUGCAUUGAGACGAUUGAGGCUGGUUUCAUGACGAAAGAUCUUGCCAUUUGCACCAAGAAUGGACGGAUGGACUUGGUGAAACGUGGUGACUACUUGAAUACUUUUGAGUUCCUCGACAAAUUGGCCGCCAACCUUGAAAAGAAGCAGCACAAA